AUGAGAAUUGCAACCAAAAAAAUUAUUCUAACAGCAAUUGGAGCAAAUAAGUUGAAAGCCCACAUAUCUCACGAGACAUUUGAAAAUCCGUAUAAAACCAAUGCUUCUAUAUUGUACAGCUAUAACAAUAGCUAUAUAAACCCAGAAGGCCCACUAAACCAGCUAUAUGGAUACUCUGUAUUCAGUCUGGGAAUAAUUCAAAACCACCGUACAAAAACAGCUAAAGAGUACCGCCGUGCGCUGAAUUACAUCCAAAAAAAACAAAAAGAAGAGAGCCCCACAGAAUCCAUAGAGAACCCAAAUCCUUUUUAUGAAGAUAGUGGAGAUGUUUCUAAUGAUUUUAUUGACUUUAUUAUAUGCACUAAUAAAAACAGAAUGAGUUAUAAUAAAAUAUACUGUAGCUUAUUUCCAUGCAAGGAUAAAACACAUCUUAUAAAAAAUGACAGCUCUGGGUCGUUUUUUAUGUGUUUAAAUGCAAUAGAUAAGAUUAGAAGGAAAAAUAGUGAAUACUUACUUGCAGCUCUGUUGCUUAUAUCGAAUGGGAUAAACAUUCCUUUACAUUUUGAUGAAAAUGAAAAUAGACUUACUUUAAUUGGAAGCAAUAAGAGAGCAUACCUCAAAAUUAAUUUUGGCAAACCCAGCAAAGUUUAUAAGAGUUUACUGGGUGUACAAAGCUUAGAGGUGUACAUUAAGCAACUGGUUGAAGUGAUAGAUUUCUUUAAAAAAUAUGAUUAUACAUCAGAUGGUGUAAUGAAUGCUGCUGUAGACAAUACUUUUAAUUGGCCGGUGCUACAGAAUAAUUAUAUGUAUACUUCUGAGUUUGUGAUUCAGAUGUAUAUAUAUGAUUACUGCAGAAGUGCUAGCAGCUAUAUGAAUCUUAUUGAGUGUAUUAAAGAAUUAAUGGUUAAUUGUUUAGAGGAUGGCGAAGACUCAAAUAAUUCGAAUAUACUCAUACACAUAAAAAAGACAGCAAUAUAUAACAAACUAUUUGUGGAGAAUUAUACAGAGAGCGAGAAAAUAUAUUUAAAGAAUUUUUAUAAUAUGCUUUAUACUGUUAACAAAAUUAAACCAACAAUUCCUUACUCAGAUAUAAGUCAGAUACCAAUGACUAAAAAAGAAAGGCUUAUAACAAACCCACAAUCAUCACAAAAUGUGAGAACUGCAGUUAUAAGAAAAAGAAAUUUUGAAACUGCACUUCUUGUUCUUUUUUCUUGUUUUACAUAUGACUGUAGAAGUAAUUGUUAUAAGACUUCUUCUCUUACAGCACAUAGAAAUAAUAGGUGUUUGCAUAGCUUCUUUAAUUUGGAAGCAACUAUCCUUAGCAAAUAUCCCAGUAAUCUGCAUAGAAUGUGGGUAGACAGGGUUUUAAAUACGUUGAUAUACAACACAACAAAUUAUAGAAAAAGGAAGUCAUCUGGGGUGCUUUCUGUUCUGCAUGCGGUUAGCAAAAUAAGCAUGUGUAAAAAAGAAAUUAGAAAAGAGAUAAAAAAGCUUAAAAAAGAAGUUAAUAGCGAAGAACCAUUGAAUAGUACUUUUUAUGAAAAAGUGCGAUUAUACACUGAAAAUCUAUUUAAGCUUUUGUCCUACAACAAAGAAGUAUCUGUCAAGUUCUCUAAUAUAUACAAAGAGAGAGUUAAAAACAAAGUAUUCGAUUUAGUCGGAGAGGUUGGUAUAACGUAUACAUACAGAAAUAUAAUAAGUGGAGUCAAUCUAAUAGUAUCUCCCGAUAGAAUAGAUAUCAAUAUUAUUAAACCAUAUACAAAAUACACUCCAUCUAGAAAACUAACUAUGCAUAAUCUUAAAGAUAUGUGCCCGUAUAAAGACACUCUUGUUAGUUAUAUAUUU